UUUUGAGUUUUCUGACAACAGCCAGCCUUUCAUAACAAAAUAUUUGGUUGUAUAGUCAAAUAUAUCUUUGCCUAUAAUAACGAAUCAACCAAAAAAAUAUAUUUUGAAGUUUGUGUGUUUAAAUUUGAAAACUUUCUGUUGCGAAUUGUUUUGUGAUUUUUUUGCUAAAAUACUUCUCAUAUACAAUAGAAAACUUGGGAGCAAAAAACGUAAGGAUGGCUCCUCGAGAUGUCCCCAAACCUACGCCUAAAGUGCAACGAAUUGUAGGGAAGACUAAUCAGACUAAAGGACGCGCUUCGCCUGCGUCUGUUAAGAAAACGAUGUCGUCUAUCAAAAAGGCGACUGACAAGAUACCUUUAAAAUUGACUAAUACGAUCUCAGAGCCUCGUCAAAGGACAGCAACUGUACCAAAAGUUGCAACACCAAAACCAAAAGAGAACAAAUCGGUUCCAUUACCAAGCAGCACCAGCAAAAGUGCAAAGAAAGCUUCAUGGAAACGUAGGCCUAAACCAGCACACUCUGGUGUACCUGUACCUGAGAAAAUGAAGAAAUUAUUACAGCAACAAUUCAAAGAUUUGGAUAGCAGUCUCUAAUUUUAUGUUUGUGUACUGAUUUUGUUUAAUCAUUGAAUCCACAGUCCCUCAUACUGUGAUCAUUCAUAAGACUUAAGGUGCACAAGGAAAUUUCUUUUAAUUACUAUGCAAAAAAGGUACAGAAAUCUUCUGGCUCUCAAGAUAUUUAGUUUUUAGUUGUAAAAAUUUAAUUUUGUUAAAUUUAUAAUUAGUUAAUCUUUUUUUUUUUAAGUCUUAUUCUCUGUAUAAUUUUUUGCCUAAAACCUGACGAAUUUUGACAAAUAGCUUAUUGGAUUUUUUCAAAAAAAAAAACAAAAGCAAGUUUGUAGCAUACAAAAGUAUAAUUUCAUUGUACCAUUUUGAAAUCUUCAUUAAAAUAAUUUUUGUGCAGUAAUCUAGCAAUCUGUUUUUGCUAAAAAUGAAGUCCACCAAAAAUCAGAAAUAACUUGUUUGCUAUUAUUUUUCAUUGUAAAUCAUUUUUUUCCAUUUACUUAUUUUAUUAUGGGCCAUGUCCAACUUAAGUUAAUCUUGUAAUAGUAAUUAUCUAUUUACAGUUCAAGAAUGAAGAAAAAAACAACAGAAUUUAAGAACUUGUUUGAAUUCUGUUGUCACUGUCAAACAGGUAGUUUUAAUUACCUAACUUAGAGAUGCCAAAUAAUAAUAAAAAAUGUAUACAAAGUAUGUGUCGCCAGUGUCGUCAUCACAUCGCUCUAUAGUACUCUGUAAUAUUAGUAAUAGAAAUAAAGAGACAUAAAAUUGAUUCAAAUAGGACGAUUAUAGAUUAGAAGAGUCAUUUUUAAAACUAAGGUAUUUUUGAAGAAUGUUGUAUUUCAACAUUAAUGGGAAGUUGUAAUUGUAUUGUAAAUGGCAUUCCUAACUCCUCAAAGCCGACUGCUUCGCGGUAGAAAUAAUCAGUAGGGUGGUACCAACCUGUGCGAGCUUCCAACGCGUCCUACCACCAGUAUUUUAGAAAGAUUACAUUCAACGUCUACAUGAAAAAAUUGUAAUUGAAUAAUUAAAAAUUUCUAAAUAAUAAAAA